GCGCAACAUGUCUGGGGUGACUGCCCAGUUCAAGGCCUUCCAGAGCGAGUUUGAGGGCAAGGCUCCGAACUAUGCCAAGUGCACCAAGCUCCUGAAUGAGCUGAAGAUCGCACUGGUGGAAGAGGGCUUCCUGGUUCCGGGCGCAAGUGAUGGCGGCGAGACGGCGCGGGCAGUGCUCGAGUACGCAGUGCUGCUGGCGGUGAAGCAGCGUGAGACGGAGGCGUUUGAGCGGCACAUGACGCAGCUGGCGGCGUACUACGCCGACUACCGUGACGUGCUGGCGCCGUCAGAGAAGGAGGCCCAUAUGGUCUCGCUUCAUCUCCUGCACGUUCUUACCCGCGACUCGGAGUACCCGGCUCCGUUUCACAUGCUGCUGGAGACGCUCCCGGCCGCCGUCCUCGCCAACCCGCAGGUCGCCGCCGUGGUCGAGCUCGAGCAGCUGCUCAACGACGGUCGCUACGCAAACGUCAUCGAGAUGACUUCGCAGCUGGCCGCUGACGCCUCGUCGUACGAGGCUUACUUUGCCAACAAGCUCCGCGACGCGGUCAAGGCCGAGAUGGCCGCCUGCGUCGCCACCGCCUACGCCGACAUGCCGGUCGCUCGCGCCAAGACCCUCCUUGUCUGCGAGUCCGACGCAGAGCUCGCAGAGCUGGCCGCUGACUUUGGCUGGCUCAUCGACGCCGGUGUCGUCCACCUCCGCCCGGGCGGAACCGCCACCACCCCGACCGCCGCCGCCUCGGCUGAGGCCAAGGUCCCCUCGCUCCGCGUCAUCUCCGACAUGCUCGGCUACGCACGCGACCUCGAGCGCAUUGUGUAAUAACAGACUCGCACCUCACUCUC